AUGGCGGACCGUCCCCCUCAUCGCUCUGGCGCACAUCCUCCCUCCCGUUCUCCUCGUUCUCCUCGCUCAUCCACGCCCUCCUCAACCUCCACACCCUCCGUCUACGAUGCCUCCCAUCUCACAAAGCAAUUCGAACAAUUGCUGCGGACCCGCCGUCUGAAUUCGCUGCAGGAGCGAUCCCGUUCUAGAACCACUUCACCUUCACCUUCACCUGCUCCUGCUCCUACCACUCCUCAUGCUGGUUCUCGUCUUUCCCGCACUCAUCGAUCUUCUUCCUCGCACCAACAUCAUAAUGAUCAUCAUCAGCAGCAGCAGCAGCAGCAACAACCACAACCACAACCACAACCACAACCGCAACCGCCAUCGUAUUCCCUUCGAAGCCUCCCCCUCGUCCCUGCGCCUCCCCAAGAUCCGGUCUCCUUCAAAUUCAGCAACCUGCUCCAUGUCUUGUCCGUCACCCCUACCAAGUACGAAAACCGUGGGCCUGCUGGACGAGGCCCUCGAAGAUUUUUUUUUAGAUCGGAUCUACCAGAGGCUGAGGGGGGGGGAAAGAUCCUCCAGGCCGAGGCUGCCACCACGGGUGAGAACACGAAGCCGCAAUGGUUUUAUCAAGACUGCCCCAUCAAAGCUCUGCUGAGGUAUGUGUGUUGA